AUGGAUAUUUAUCUUCAGCCUGGCCUGAGAAAACUUUGCUGGAUAGCAACUACUUCAGGUGGUCUUAUGUGUACGUCAUAUUCAGGAAGGUUAAUUAAAACCAUAAGUGAGCUGACUCCAUCAUCUGUAACUAGUGGUCAUGAUUUUAUAAUAUAUGUAUUAAAAGAACAGGUUUAUAAAGUAUCAAAAAAUAAUGAUUCAAAAAUAAUUGGAAAUAUAAGAGGACCUAUUAUUUAUAUGACUACUGUUGAUCCUCUGAUAACUGAAGAUAGUCAUUUUUUACCUGAUAUUGGAUGUGAGUCUGUUGUCAUUCCAUUAUUUGAUAAAAUUUUCUGUAUGCCCAAAGUUGAUGGAAGAAACUUUCUGACUUUUUCACAUAAUGGUAUCUUGGAAGGGUUUCAAAUUAAAUCUGAAAAUGUAAAUUGGAAUCUGUUUCCAGUUAAAUUGUUUGACAUGUCAUUAAAUGAUGAUUUUGACAUCAUUAUAAGAAAUGAAACAAUUUACUGGACAGAUCAUAAGAUUGGAGGUAUUUUUUCUAUUAAAAGAGAUGGCACUCAUAAACAUCUUAUUGCAUCUUUUGAAGGUGAAAUUAAACAAAUAAGUAUUGAUUGGAUCUCAGGACUUCCUUUUGCCUGGAUAGUGCAAAAGGAAGUCCUACAAGAUAGUAAAGGAUUGGGCAUAGUGGGCAUAAUAUGCUAUCCUGCAAGAGAUUUGCCCAUAGAUGUUACAGCUACUACUCAAUAUUCCUCACACCCAUAG